UGACGUCAAACUAAAACCCCGCCCCUUUGAAAGCUUAACGGGAUGUUGGAUGCAUCCAGUCUGGGUUAGCUAGCUAGCAAUGUUCACCUUUUUAUUUAACAAGAGUGGAUGUUCAAGAGGUAAGAGAGUCGGAAACAUGGCAACAUAUUUGCGGGAGCAUCGACAUACAGCGCCGAAACUGUGUGUCUCACUUUUCGUCUCCCUCCUUUUUGUUGUUGUCCCCAUCACGGCUCUGAGCGUCGGCGAGGCGAGGCUUGUCAGAAGCAACACCGCAGCGAAAGAGGUAGAAGACUAUACAAAAUACUACAAUUAUGUGCAAAUGACCCGGCUACUGAAGUUCAUGGCCUUGAAAUACUCUCACAUCGCCAACCUGUCCAGUAUAGGCCAGUCCGUGCAGGGCAGGGAGUUGUGGGUAAUGCGAAUCACAAAGGACCCCAACGCUGACGUACCGGGAAAACCCAAAUGUAAAUACGUGGGGAACAUGCACGGGGACGAAACUAUCUCGAGGCAAGUAUUGGUUUACCUUGUGGACUACCUAUUGACGAGGUAUGGAGAAGACCCGCGUAUCACGGAGUUGGUGACGAGCACGGAUAUUUACAUUAUGCCCAGUAUGAACCCAGACGGGUUCGAGGUGUCCAGAGAGGGGGACUGCAGUGGCGACGCCGAAGGUCGUUCCAACGCCAGGAACAUGGACCUCAACCGAAGUUUUCCUGACCAGUUUGACAAAAUCAACGUCCAGCAAGAGGAUAUUCCCGAGGUUACAGCUGUCAUUAAAUGGAUCCUGGAGAAAAAGUUUGUCCUGUCAGGGAACCUGCAUGGUGGCACUGUGGUGGCCAGCUACCCGUUUGAUGACUCGGCCUCCCACAUAAUGCAGGGUUACUACAGCCGCUCUGUGGACGACAAGCUGUUUAAACACCUGGCGCUGACCUACGCCAAGAACCACCCCGUCAUGAGGACGGGGGAGCCCAAGUGCCCAGAUACCCCUGACGAGACUUUUGAGGAUGGCAUCGUCAACGGGGCAAAGUGGUACGAUGUACCCGGAGGCAUGCAGGACUAUAACUACCUGAAUGGAAACUGCCUGGAGAUCACCAUGGAACUGAGCUGCUGUAAAUUUCCCCUGGCCUCCGAGUUAAAGAAAGAGUGGGAGUAUAACAGGGAGUCACUCAUUGCCUACCUGGAGCAGGUUCACAUUGGAGUAAGAGGCUAUGUGAAGGAAGCUACCAAUGGGACAGCUCUGCCUGAUGUCAGGAUCAUGGUGGCAGGCAUCAACCAUAACCUGACCACGGCCCAGUUUGGUGACUACUACCGUCUGCUGCUCCCUGGGACAUACAAUGUCUCAGCUAUAGCUACAGGGUACAUGUCCAUGACAGUAGUUGGGGUUCAAGUGGUGGAGGGCAAGGCCACCGAGCUCAAUUUCACCCUGGCACCCCUGGGAAAUGAACCCACAGGUGGCAUAACCGUACCCUUUACCCCCACCACCACUACCACCGGCCCUAUCACAACCUCUGACCCUGACUCCACCAGCAUCGAGACCUCCAGCACCACCUCUGAGAUGGGGACCUCUGGGGCCAACGAGAGCUCCACUCCCCAGGAGCACCAGCCCAUCCAGCCACAGGACUUCCGCCAUCACCAUUACAAUGACAUGGAGCUGUUUCUACGCAGGUACAGCAAUGGGUUCCGUUCCAUCGCUCAUCUCUACUCCAUUGGGAAGUCAGCAGAGGACCGUGAGCUCUACGUCAUGGUGAUAUCAGACAACCCCACUGUCCAUGAGCCAGGUGAACCAGAGUUCAAGUACAUAGCUAACAUGCACGGAAAUGAGGUGGUGGGACGCGAGCUACUCCUCAACCUUAUUGAGUACCUGUGCCGUAACUAUGGCAGCGACCCUGAGGUCACCCAGUUGGUCAACACGACUCGGAUACACAUUAUGCCUUCCAUGAACCCAGAUGGUUAUGAGAUCGCCAGGGAGGGUGAUGUCAGAGGGUACACGGGACGCAACAACAGUAACAACUUUGACCUGAACCGUAACUUCCCUGACCAGUUUACUACCAUCACUGAACCCAGGCAGCCAGAGACCAUCGCUGUGAUGAACUGGCUCAAGAGUAAUCCCUUUGUGCUCUCAGCCAACCUACAUGGAGGGUCAUUGGUGGUCAACUACCCAUAUGAUGAUGACAAGCAGGGACGUACAGAGUACAGCAAGUGUCCUGAUGACAAGGUCUUUAAACAAGUGGCCAGAGCCUACUCUCAGGAAAACGCUCUCAUGCACAAAGGACACCCUUGUGAGGACCUUUACCGAUCAGAGUUCUUUGAGGACGGCAUCACCAACGGCGCCAACUGGUACAAUGUUCCCGGUGGGAUGCAGGACUGGAACUACCUGAACACUAACUGUUUUGAGGUGACCAUAGAGUUGGGUUGUGUGAAGUACCCUAAGGCCCAGCAACUGCCUUUGUACUGGGACCAGAACCGUAGAGCCUUACUGCAGUACAUCCAGCAGGUCCACAGAGGCGUGAAGGGCAUGGUGAUAGACAUUAAAGAUGGUACAGGCAUCCCUAAUGCCACCAUCACGGUGGAAGAGAUCGAUCAUCAAAUCACAACCAACCUAGCUGGAGACUACUGGAGACUUCUGGUCCCUGGAACGUACCACCUCACCGCCUCCGCACAGGGGUAUAACUCAGUAAAGAUCUAUGCCACAGUGCCAGAGGAGGGGGUGGAGCUGGUAGACUUCCGGCUGACACGGGUGCGUUCUGAUCCCAACGGCCAGGCCCCAAUGGACCCCAGGGCCACCCAGGACCCUGCAGAGGAGGUGUUCCAGAGCUUCAUAAAGGACCUGUCUCUGGGCCAGGGGCUGGAGCAGCUGGUUCAGAGUACCGUCACAGAGAGCAGCUUCAGAUACAGACGCUACAAAGAGCUGUCAGAGUUCCUGAGGGGUUUGACGUUCAACUUCCCCAAGAUCACCUCCCUGCAUAGUUUGGGCCAGAGUGUGGAGUACAGGACCAUCUGGGCCUUGGAGAUCUCCAACAAACCAGACGAGCCUGAAACGGCCGAGCCCAAGAUCCGCUUGGUGGGAGGUAUCCAUGGCAACGCCCCUGUGGGCACAGAGCUGCUGCUGGAGUUCGCUGCCUUCCUCUGCAUCAACUACGGCAAGAACCCCACCAUCACCAGGUUGAUAAAUGAGACGCGGAUCGUCAUCCUUCCCUCCAUCAACCCAGAUGGACGAGAGCUGGCCAGAGAGAAACAGUGCACCUCUACUGUGGGCAUGACCAACACACACGGGAAAGAUCUGGACACUGACUUCUUCGGUAAUGCCUCCCAGCGCCUGGUGGAGGCUCAGCCAGAGACCAGGGCAGUGAUGGACCUGAUCUUAGAGAGGGGCUUCACACUCUCUGUAGCCCUGGAUGGAGGCUCCCUGUUGGCCACUUACCCCUACGACAAGCCUGUACAGCCAGUUGAAAAUGAGGAAACUCUGAAGUACCUGGCCAAUGUUUACGCCAGAAACCAUCCCAAGAUGCACCUGGGGGAUACAGGAUGUCCAAGCAAUGACCAAAUGGGUAACAUCCCAGAUGGAGUACUCAGGGCAGCAGAGAGACAAAGUCAUAUGGGCAGCAUGAAGGACUUCAGUGUGGACUUUGGCCACUGUCCAGAGAUCACGGUGUAUACAGGCUGCUGUCUGUUCCCCCCGGCCGUGCAGCUGGCCACGCUGUGGGCUGAGAACAGGAAGGCACUGCUUAGCAUGCUGGUGGAGGUCCAUAAAGGUGUGCGUGGCGUGGUAAAGGAUAAGAGUGGGAAGCCCAUCGUGGGGGCCAUGAUAGUGUUGAACGGGGGUGUGAGGGUGUUCACUGCAGAGGGAGGCUACUUCCAUGCUCUUCUGGCACCAGGAAACCACAACAUAGAGGCUGUGGCUGAUGGCUACCAGCAACAACGGCAGGAGGUGGUUGUGUCGUCAUAUGAAGCCGCCAGCUCCAUCAUCAUUGAGUUUGACAUGGACAACCGUAUUUUUGGCCUGCCCCGGGAGUUUGUUGUGGCUACUGCAGCGGCCUCCAUGACGGCCCUGGUGGUGACAGCCUGUAUCAUCUGGUGUGUGUGUUCUGCUAAGUCCAACCAGCAGAAGGAUGGUUUCCACCGGCUGCGGCAGCACCGUGACGAUUACGAGGACGAGAUACGCCUCACGUCCAUGGGCUCCAAGAAAUCCCUGCUCUCCAAUGAGUUCCAGGAUGAGAGCGAGAGUGAUGAGGACACACUCUACGCCAACGCCGACAAACUCUGAGAUCCCACAUACAUACACGGCCAACCUGGUUCGUAUUCGUUAGGCACCAAACAGACGGGAGCAGGGAAGGGACAACAAGAAAUGCUUGUUUUUGCUAUCUGUUGUUCAAAAACAUUUUGCUACAGUGUGCCCUAAUGAAUACGAUCCUGUUAGCACUGGGCAAUUCCACAUUAACAGAGUGCUGCUGAGACUCAGAUUUUCCACUUUAAAACAAAAACCAAUGAUUGCAAAGUUGAACACACCAUAAAACUCUUAUGCACUACUUUUAACAAUUUCCAUAGAACAUUUUACAAAAACACAUUUACUUGAAGAACAAUGGUGAU